AUGAGCAAUGAAUGUGUCUUACCUUAUUACACCGCCCACAGCUACCGUUCAGUGGGUGUGUUCAAUACCUCCAUGGGGGACCUGCAACGACAACUGUACAAGGGAGGAGAGUAUGAUAUUUUCAAGUAUGCACCGAUGUUUGAGAGCGACUUUAUCCAGAUCAGCAAAAAAGGAGAGGUGAUUGAUGUACACAACCGUGUCCGAAUGGUGACCGUGGGCAUCGCAUCCACCAGCCCCAUCCUCCCCAUGCCUGACGUCAUGCUGCUAGCCCGGCCAGCUAGAGUCUGCGAGGAGCAUGCCGGGUACAGCCGGCCCACCAAGGGGAGAGGCCGCAAGGCCACGAAGACCUUUGAGCUCACCAGGCUCCUUCCUUUGAAGUUUGUCAAGAUCUCCAUCCAUGAUCGCGAGAAGCAGCAGCUGCGCCUGAAACUUGCCACUGGCCGUACUUUUUACCUGCAGCUGUGUCCCUCUUCAGAUGCACGAGAAGACCUCUUUUACUAUUGGGAAAAACUAGUUUAUCUCCUGAGGCCACCAGUGGAGAGUUAUACCAGUACCCAGACCCCCCAAACUGGGGAUCUAAUGACUGCAUCUAUGUGUCUGACAGAUGACAACAAAAGCAUUACGACUGCAGAGCUCUGUGGAGAAGGGGAUCAGGAUGAGGUCAGGCUUCACAAGCUCCGUGAAGUGUCUGGAGCCACCUCUUCUGCUUAUGCUGGGGGAGAGGGAAUCCAACAAGCCUUCCAUGGAAUGCCUCAUACACCUUCUGCAAACACGAAACCUCCAGGGCCUGCCACAGGAACAGCAAUAGCAGGGACAGCUGCAGGACAUACAGCAGCAGGCGCAGCAGUAGCAGGGAUGGCUACAGGACAUACAGCAGGUGAAGCAGUAGCAGGGACGGCUGCAGGAUGUACAGCAGGCGCUAUAGGCAUUGCAAUCACCAAGUCUUCAGGCCCAGAAAAGGCAAGUGCAGCCCUGGCAGGAGUGGCCACCAAUGGUCCAGGAAAAAGGGGAUCCAGCAGGGCCAUGGCGGGUGCUGUUAACAUGUCCUCAGAAGGUGUUGACGUGGUCUUGGUGGGCGCUGCAAGUACAUCUGCACAGGGUGGUUCUGCCCUAUUGACGAUGGCUACCAGUCCCUCCCCAGAGAGCAACAUGAGCAUGGUUUUUGCAGGAGUAGCCACUACCAACAAGCCUGUUGCAGAAAGCACUGGAGGACCCCUUGUCUCAAACUUGCAGCAUGAAGGCUGCAUGAGUGAGGGGGAUGGGAGCCAGAGGGUCUCCCAGCCCAGUGCUGAAGCCCUGAAGGAAAAAAAGGAAAGAGCAAAGGACAAAAAUCCCACUAGGAAAAGUUCCCAUCACCACAGGACAGGUAGGGACAAGUCAACCAGGAAAUCAUCCUCCCACCGGUCCUUAGACAGCCAUGGAACCACGAGAGAGGACAAAAAAGAAAAAGUCCACAGCAUCCUAAAAGGUAAAGGACACAGGUCCUCCUCUCACAAAAGUGCCAGCUGUAGUCCCACCCCAAAGGAGUCUAGGACAACUCACAAACUGGGGUGGAACCAAUCUGCAACGAGCUCAGCUUCCGUAGAUAAGAAAUCCAGCAGGAUUGGCUCUUUCUUCAGGAGCUUCAGAGCCAUCCCUGCUUCAAAAACAGCGAUGACAUCCCACGACAGAGGGGUGGACAUAGUGGCCAAGACUGUGGAGAGGCUUAACAUCGAGGCCAAGAUGGAGAAAGCACAGGAUGGCCAGGACCUGGAGAUCAUGGGUACCAUGACAUCUGAGACCAUGGAGACAAUAAUCUUUGAAGCCAAAUCCAUUUAAAAA